AACGGUUGUUGGGAAACGAGCCGACCCCAAACAGAAAAGAAAAAAACGCGUUCGUGGCCGGUCACAACCUUGGCGAAAAGUUCGAUUUGGUUUUGUUGUGUUAAAAGUGUGAAUUCGCGAAUAAUUUAUUAUCAAACGUUGUGAAUUAUGUAGUUUGUAAGCUGUGGAAGGUGAAUGAAGUUCGAGAGUUAAGGAAAUCGUGAAGAAAAAGGCGAAAAUCCGACAUGCAAAGUGGUGGAAUUUGUGCGAUUCCCAGAAUCAAAGUCGCAACAGUGUCUUCUUGUUAUUGGUGAUUGUGUUCUUGAGAAGAUCCUUUACGUUGGAAAGGAAUGCAGUUUUGAAUCUGAAUUGAUUUCGAAUCUAUUUGCCGAAUAAGAGAGAACGAGUCAUGUCGACCGAUUCCGAAAGCCAUGGUAGCCGUAAUUCGGCUACCUACUCGAUAAGAUCGCUGGACGAUGUCCCGAUUCGGAAAAGUGCAGUUCAAAUCAUCCGGGAACGCAGUGCGGAUUUGAUCCAGCCGGGUUCACCUCGCAAGAAAGGAGUCAUGCAGAUAACCAAGCUUAUUCUCAAGGAUCCACCCACGAGUCCGAAACGGAAGCCAACGCCGAUGGUAAUCCGGUCAAUUCAGACCUAUACCAGUUCGGCGAUCAUAACCGAGAAUGGUCAGAUUUUACACGAUCACAAAAACGCGCGUGGACAGGAGGAAGAUCACCCGUUGGUUGGUAUGAAUCGAGAAGAAGGGUACAAAAUUGUACCUCUGCCACAGGUAAGCUCCGGUCGGCUCAAGGAGGAAUUCGAAGCAAAGAAAAACGAAAGGAAUCAAGCCAGUAGCGAAUUCCAAGAUUAUUUGCUGGAGAGUUUCAAUAAGGAAAAUCAGCCGAAGGCGGGAAUCGAGAUCUCCAAAGCAACCAGCGUUGUCAGUGCUAACUCGAACCAGCCUAGUGGAAGCGAAAAAAGUAAAUCUGACAGUUCUGUCACAACCGGAAGUAGCAAAAGUGGCAGCCAAAAUCCAACAGCCAGUUCCUCAACUUCGAGCAGUGCAUCGAAAAGUGAACACAAAUCGGAGGAAGGGAAGUUUGUGGUCAUGCCUGAGAAGGUUGAAGAGCCGAUUGUAAAGCCACCGCCAAUAAAGCAUCCUCAGCGUCCGAAAACCGCGGACAGUAGAAAAUCUCUUCCGGAAGCCAAGAAAGAGAAGGAGAAAUCGUAUGAUCCUCAGAAGGCACGAGAGUUCAUAAAGGAACAACAAGCGAAGCGAAAACAGGAGAAGAAGACAACCGGUCCUCAACUGACCGAAAAGGAGUUGAUCAAGAAGCGGUUAGAUGAGCUGAAGAAGAGCACCCAGGUCCUGGUGUCGAAAAAUGUGCAAAAAGCUCGGAAGCGAUCACUUUCGGCUUCGGGGACUGGAAGUCAAAAGUCCGGAACAGGUCCAGUGAAAGCUGCUACAGAAAGGAGUAAAUCGCCUCCGACAAAACCCCUGCGGAAAUGCUCAUCGACAUCUUCGCUGAAGGCAGCUGUCGUCGCUCCGGAAGUGGUCAAAUCGGAUUCUGGUAAGUCGUCAGCCACCAGCAGGGACUCCAGAAGAAGAUCAUCUUUGCUGAAGGCGAAUUUGACCGAAAAGAUGGGAAUCAUGCGAAAACCAGAUGAAGUUGCUCUGGAAGAAGUCAUGAUGAGCCCUUUGAGAAUCCGAACACCUCCUCAACAGCCAACGGUUCCAAGUCCUAAGUUUCUUGAACCGACCGUUAACGAAUCGAUACGGAGUGUCCACGAGAAGAGUGUAUCUGCUUUAGAAGAGGAACUGAAGCUUGAAGUUCCGGAAGUGAGACUUGUCCCUGACACGACUAUAAAGCCUCAAGUACUUCAAGAACCUGGUCCAGCAGAAAAGAAAGAAUUUAAACCUGUGCCGCCAUGGUUGAAGCAUACGCUUCUGCAACCGGAUCCCUAUCCCUUCAUAAUGGCCGUCCGGAAGAAGUUGGAAGCCAUUCGCAGCUUGAAUCCCAACACGACCUCACGCCCCGAUGAAUCAAUCAUUCCCAAGAAACCAGAAGAGACUGCCAAGCGACCCAAAACUACCAACAGUCAGAAGUGCCUUGAGUAUUUGGACACGCUGAAAUCUGUGCCUUACGUGAACAAACCGCCGUCCGAGAUUGAGCAGAACAUUUCCUCAGUUUCGCUUCAACACUCGGAUUCCAAUACUACCUCGGAGAUUAGCUCAAUCAAGUCGGAUUUUGUCCUACCAUUGCCCCCUUUGAGUAGCACCAAAUUUGACACCCCACAGGCUGCCAUCCGUGAAGCCCAUAGACCGGAAAUGACUGGCCCUAUCAGUCCCCUUUCCGUGGAUCGUAUCUCCAAUAUGAAGAUAACUGCCAACUGUUCAGACCUUGAACGAAGUGUCAAUUUCAACCGCGGAGACCACAUGCCCUACGCGGACAACAUCCCAGACCGCGUCUCGUUCAACAAUCGUCACGUCCAACCGGAUAAUCUCCACCAAAGUCAACUCAGCCUCAACACCUCCGAUAAGCAACGAAACUUCCUGCAGAAACCCCCAGCCGAAAAGACCACCAAGGAACUCGAGUACCACAAAAUGCUGGAAGCCUUCAACCGCAGCCUCACACAAGUCAUCGAAGUCAACCAGCAGCUGUACUCGGCCCUGAAGAAACCAGCGGACCCCGUCCCAUCGGAACGGAUCAAAAUUCGCGACGAAAUGACCCAGACAACACCGGUUCCUUCAAUAGCCGCCAACGCUUCGGCUAAUUCCAACUACAGCGAGGACUUUGAACGAUCCGACGAUUUAAAACCCCCAUCGGUCCAACCUCCGCCGGACUCUACCCAGUCAACACCGGAGAAAAGUUCCACAUCCCUGACCACCACAACCUCCUCCUCUUCAACGACCGCGCCACAAAGCUCAACCAGUCCGGAAGAGAGCCCCACCGGGAAGAACCAGUCCAGCGGAUCCCACUCGCAACUGCUCGAUUCUCGAUCGCUCAGCCUGUCGGACAGCCACAACACGAUUCCUCCCAUGCCGGAUGAAUACCUCCCCUCGUUCGAGGAAAGUCUCCGUCAAAAACAACAGCAACAAUUGGCGAACCAGAAUCGAAUCGAGUCAAGAGGUCCAAGCCUGUCCAGCAUAGAAACGCAAAUCAGCGACGAAGCCCCGGCGGCCGAAAGCCUCCGAAACACUCACGAAGACCACUCUAAGAGUCUGGAAUCGAUCAGCAUGCACGUGACGGAACCCAGCGAAGCACUGAACGAUCAAUCUCCUAAGGAACUCGCUCAGGAAGCGGAAAUGGAGGUACUGAAAGCGGCGUCCAGCUCCAGUGGUGCGGAUGAUUCCGAGCAUGAAGCGUUCGAGAGGAGAACUGAUGAUGGGGGGAACAACGAUACUACGAUGGGAAGCGACAUCAUGGCUGCUGUGUUCAACCGAACCGAUAUGGAACUGUCGAUCAUGUCCACCACGAUUUCGGAGACGAAUUUGAGCUAUUCGUCGAUCGGAUUGUACGAUCAACUUAUUCAAAGCGAGAAAUGCAGAGGAGACCAACUGGCAUCUCAAGCGAGACUCAAGGAAAAGGCACUGCUCAACCGAACCAAAGGUCAGUUGGCUUGGUUGGAACUUCAAAAGCAACGCUAUCGGGAACGAGGCAUGAUGGAGCAGAUCAGCGCCAUCAAAAAGAAGCAACGAGCUAUCCUGAUGCGCCUGGAGAAGGAACGAGCCGAUUUGAAUAAAUUCAAAAAAUUCACCCCGGAUGUAUCCUCUCGUAGCACUGGCGUCCGUUCGCCGAUGACUCCCAAGUCGUUGGAAAAGUUAAACUCGUUUUCCUCGCACCAGUCCAAUCAAAUAUCGCUGAGAAAAUCGAGCAGUGGUAGCGGAAGGAGUGACCAGCAUAAUUCUUCACUUGUAAUCGGAUCUCCAGCGGCAUAUAAUGGCGAUGUGACGCAGUCACAGCAACAGCGAAUGGUAACGAGAACAACCACCACGACUAUCUCCAACGGGCAGAUGCAGCUGAUGACGACGACGGCGGCAGUUCGCGGGAUGGAACUGGAACCGAGCGAAAGCUUGGAAAACAUCCUACAACGACGAGAAGAGGAACUGCAAAAACGGCGCCAACAUGUCCAGACGCUGCUCGAGUGGCACCAGAAGCUGGACCGCGAAGAGCAGGAAAUUCUGGACAUUGAAAGGAAUCUACUCCGACAUAACCAGCGCAAAAUUGCCGAGAGUCAGGCAGCCGACGAGAAAACGCUCAGCCGGAUCCGUAGCAUCGAGGCCAGUUUGAAAACGUUGCAGCAAAUUCCGGAAGCGAAAUCACCGGGCCGCGAUGAGGAGGAUGUGCACGCCAGUGGAAGCAAACUCAAUCGGUUGUGGUACCGUUUGACGGGAAUCAAGGAAGGUCGAUAUGAACCCGAACGGAGUUACACCUUGACCAAGGAGAAAUUGGAGCGGUUGUAUGAGGAUGCUAAACUGCGAGUGCUGGAGGGAUUCAGGGAGAACAUAAGCAUGAGAAAAGCACUUCUGGAACAGUCAAUGAGUGGGCUGAAUAGUUCCGGGAGUACCGGUAGGGAUGUGAGCGGAAUCAGCGAGACUAAAAAUGCUAGUUCAGAACUGGUUCAAACUUCGGUAGAAUCUAGUGAAGGCAAUUCGUUUCAAACGACGGUGAAUUCGGCUGAAGUGGCACAGGAACCUUUGGAAAGCGCAAACAAAUCUUUGGAUGUGGUUGAAGCAGAAACCAAGAGCGAUGAACUGAAAGAAGAAAAGAGUAGUUUGAUAGAUGUAGAGGAAAUCAUAUCACGGGUUAGCGACAUCACUGAUAACAUAAAUGGUUUCCUGUCGUCCACGACUAAUAUCGAUGAACUGCUGCAGCAUGAAGAGCAGGAAAAGCAGCAGCAGUCUGUUUCUGUAGAAUUUCACACAAUAGAAGAAGAACAGGACUCCGGUAGUCAACCAAAGAUGAGUACCGAUACCUAUACUGUAUCUUUUGAUAUUCCUACGAUCGAAGAAAACAGGAUGCCUCUUUCGGCGGAGGAUAGUCAGCUGAUGAUUGAAGAUAUUUCUCUCCCUGCAAUGAUGAAUGAUGAUUCUUUGCUAAAUGAUGAUGAAUCCAUGACGGAAUCAAUCGUUGAAUCCACCGAAAAGGUAACGGAAGAAAUUCCUGAGCAUAGUUCAUUGGAAGAGGCCAGUUUAUCGACGUCUUCGGCAACCACACCAACCACCGCAGAGGAAACUGAAACGGAUGGCAAUGAGGUGGUGUCUGAAAGAACUCCUCCGCGAAAUUCGAUCACAUCGGAGCUUGAGAAGCGACUGAUUAUCCUGAACGAAAACUUGGGAGAACUCAGCGAGAGCUUUGAACGUGUCUCUGUUAGCAGAUCCCCGGAGGUUCCAAAGGCUGAACGAGACCCUUCGCCUGACAGUGAAACGGCCACAUCUCCCAUCGUUGAGGAAGAGUAUUCGACGGAUAUGGACUUUGCCGUAGAUGAGCCUAGCAUGGAAAUUAAGUCGUUUCUCGAUAAAGCCCAAGCAUUGAAAUCACAAGAAUCUCCGCCAACUGGAGACAUUGCAGAGAGUCAUAAGAUUGAAAUCAAAAUCCGCAACAAGAACGUGAAUGAGAAUUUUCCUCAUCCGUCAACAGUGAAUGGUCCUUCCACUUCCGGCAUUUCCAGUUUCUCUUAUCUCACGCCCCCAGCGCAUGGUCCAAGUACUUCCACCCCGACAAAUGUCGUCCCAAGUCGGAUGCCGGACAUCAUCAACGAAGCCGAAGUUCUUCGCCGUCAGCAGCUGCAAAUCGAACAGGAGAUCAAACAACUGGAACAGCAGGUUGUGUUCUUUCGAGAAAUCCCCAAUAAGCCACCUCCGCCAUACAUCCCUCCUGCGAACGGAAGUCCCCUAGCGUUGAUCUUCCCUUCAGAAGAUCGUAUCGAUGAACUCAUUGAAACACGCACCAAGGAGUUGUAUUUCGAUGAACCAAUGGACGACAAUCUUCGCCCCGACAACGUAACGAACAUCUAUGAAAAACUCAUCCUGGACAUGUGCAAGGAGCUAUUCACAGACGUCCGCCCUCCAAAAGCAGACGUAUCAUACCGCACGAUCAAACACGAGAAGCGUCCUCUGGCCUUCUACAAUCCACCGGACCGCCUAGUCUGUGCCCAAAACUUCAUGAAACAAAAAAUCAAGCGAAUCCUCAACGAGGACAUCCUCCUCCAGCAGCAGCACCAGCAACAGCUUAACCUUCAUCACUGUCCCAUGCCGUUCCUGAUGUUUGCCGGGAGCAGUGCCAAGCGCAAGCGGGACCAAGUGGACGAAAUCCUGGCGCAGGAAAUGUUCGAUGAGGAAGCCCGCUGGACCGAUUUCGACCGGGAGGAAAUCGAAGUGAAGGAACGCAUUGUCGAAGAGGUGACCAAAAUGCUGGUGGCGGACGCCGUCAAGGACAUGGACCAGGCGUGGAAGCAGAAGCAUGGUGGGGAGCGUGUGGGCGACAGUACCUUGCAUGACGAAAAGGUAGAGGAAGCGAACUGAAGUUUGAAACGUGUCUGAUAUAUCUAUAAGACAGUUGUAAUAGAACGAAAAUCGAAUGUGAUGUUUGAAAGUGCAUUUCAAUAUAAUACCUUUUUAAGGUUAGUCAGUAAGGUGUUUUUUUUACAAUAGAUUAAGAUUGUAUUUUUUAUGUAUCUGGUAGUAUAAAAUUAUGUACUACUUACCACCCUAAGUAUUACAUGUUCACUUACUGAAAUGGAUUCCCAACGGUUUUAAUUUUUGCUCAAUUUUACAGAAGAUUUACAUUAGUUUGUUUGAAGAUAAGAUCUGAUUAUGGUUAGGAAAGACUUUGUACAUUUUAGAGACUACACAAAUGCAAUAAACUGUCGAGAAAAUAAA